AUGUCAGAUGCCGGAAAUAAUAACUAUCUGGAUACGAUGGCGAAAGCAAAUAUGCUUCCCUACGGUGUAGAUUUUCCUAAUGGAAACACUGGCCGAUUCACCAAUGGCAAGACAGUCAUAGAUUUCAUAGCUGAAAUGCUUGGACUACCCUUUCCACCUCCAUACAUGAGUCUUACUAAUGCAAUGAGGGCAAAACAAAUAACAGGUGUGAAUUAUGCAUCAGCCUCUUCGGGCAUUCUCCCUGAAACCGCAAGCCAUGUGGGAAAGUGCCUGACACUAGAUCAACAGGUUAAUUUAUUCGAAAGAACGGUUAAAGAGGAUCUGCCCAAAAUUUUCAAACACCCAACACUUGUUUCGAGGCACAUAGCAAAGUCUAUAUUCACGGUCUGGUUUGGGGGCAAUGACUACGCAAACAACUAUCUAUCUGAUCACUACCAAAGUGGCAAGAAAUACUCUCCUCAAAGGUUUGGUGAGUUGCUAAGGGAUCACCUAGCAGAAAAAUUGAAGGUCCAGACGGGGCCCAAAGAGCUCAGAACCAACCUGACAAUCAACAAGGUUCCGCGGCUCGUCCUGUAG